GAUGGUCACGGUCCCCACUAACAAACACCCAGUGUAUCCAUCGAAUUUUGGGCUCCCAAGAUUGCGUUGACAACUAUAAAAACAGCGUAAUCAUACAUUUCGAUGUCCAAGAACUCACAGCCAGAGUGUCAAGCCGAAGCUUGCGCUCUUCAAACUUGUCUCUCCUCCAACACCUACUCUCCAGAAAACUGUGGCCGCCAGUUGCGCGGGCUCUACCUUUGUUGCAAACAGAUGUAUAGCGAAAGCGAAGGCAAAAAGGAAUCAAGCGCAUGUCCUAUGUCAAGUGUCGUCGAAAGGUGGUUUAAGAGGCACCCAGCUGAUGGGCAAGAUGCGAACAAGAAAAAAUAAGCAUCAGCAAGUACCAAUAUUUGGUGGACAUAAGCCAAAUUUAGGACGAGUGCGAUGUGUAAGUAGAAUGUACUGAAAUAUGAUGAAACAAUUGCUCGCCACGGUGCGCUUUGUUGAUUGUCACACUCGUCGGACUAUUAGCGCUUGGCAUCGGGUUACAUGUUAUUCGAAUAUGCACGACGAGGCUAUGCCCAAACUUAUUGAAAAUAGUUUAUAUUCCUAUUCGUGGCCACACCCCUCUUUUACUCUUUAACCGAUCUACGCUUUU